AUGCCUGGAUUUUCGGACUGCGGUCCACGGCUCAGGACGCUGGCGGUUGUCCUAGCGGCCUUGUUUCUUAGCAACCCUCUCGCGGUACAGGGGUUGAGAACCACGUCGGGCUCGCCGUGCGCCGAGAAAUGCAGCAAAUUGGGGUCGUCUUCAAACACCACUGUCUCCGAAAUUGCCUGUCUGGACUCGCAGUACAACCAGACAAAGGGUCGGGAUUUCGAGGACUGUAUCACCUGCGAGUUAGAAAGCAGUUAUGUGAAUCGCCUAUCCGGUGAAACCGAUGUCACCUGGGGUCUCUAUAACCUACGCUUCGCAUUCUCUACGUGUGUCUUCGGAGUUCCCUCCGUCAUCACCAAUCAGACUUCGCAAUGCCCAGUGGCAUGUGCGGGAAUCGAGCCAGCUGUGAUACUCGAAUUGGAAGACCCCACAGCGAACAACUUCCAAAACUGGUGCAAGAGCUCAGCGUUUGCCGAUAACAUUAUCAACACCUGUGAAUUCUGCUAUAACUUGACCUCCGCGGCCGUGAACCCGGGAACAACCGGCGGGCAGGUGUAUCUCGCAAACUUCCUCGAAUCCAUCCGCUACAACUGCCACUUCAGCACACCAAUCGGUAACCCAUUCGAAAUCUCCCCGACCAGAAUCUUCACCGAAGUCCUCCUCCCCUCCUCCAUGUCCCUCUCAACUCCCAGUGCAGCCUCCGUGACUGGCGUAAAUCUAGGCAUGGUAAUCGCACUACCAAUCCUGGGCUUUAUAAUCAUUCUCGUGGUACUGGGAACAUGCUGCUUCUUCUUCAUCCGGUACCGCCGCAAGCGCUCCCGUCGGAAUCAUUACCAAAGUCAUCUGUACGAACGCUGGAAUGAUACCACCAUCACCACACCCAGGCAGAACCAAGGCGCCUGGGGUUGGGCUGGUCAGCCGGGGUACUCGGACAAUGACGAGGCUGCCGCGGCUGCCGCGGCGGGAUAUGGGUAUGGGAACGGCUUCGGGUUCGUCGAUAGUGACGGGCGUGGACAUGAGGUUGGGUACGGUCAUGAUUACUCCAAGGCUGGGGUCCAGCAGGAGAUUACUGAGGCUCCGUUGCCAGGGCAGCCCGGGGUGACUGGGCUUGAGCAUGAGGCUGAGCAUGGAUACCCGCCGGAUCAAAAGCAUGCCUCUUGA